AUGGGGGGUCAGGUGGAGUUUAACGCAGAGCGCCAACAACAUCUUCUCAACUCGGUGCAGCUGCUCCUUCUCCUGCUCCCCGAAGAGCAUCGCGAGUUACUGCAGCACAUUAUUAAAAUGCUCCAUUCGGUGGCAGCGCGUGAGGGGAGCAACAAGAUGUCCGCGGAGAAUUUGGCCAUCUUGUUUACACCGCACCUGAUUUGCCCCAGGCAAAUGCCGCCUGAGGCGCUCCACUAUACGGCGAAGAAGAUGUCCAGCAUUGUGUCCUACAUGAUUCAGCAGGGUCUGGAAAUCUUCGAAGUUCCCGGAAAGCUAGUCACCGAUAUUCGGGCGUGCUUUCUUAAGCGCAAAAGCAAAAAAACCAUGUCACCGGAGCAAACCCUUGAAGAAUCCAACUCGGACGACUCGACGGUCAACACGGUGUACACUUUUGUAGAUCGUUCCGCCACGGCAGCGGCAAACAACAGCAAUUACACGGACACUGCACUGGCGCAGCUGUACGCGCACAUUCAGAGCAUUCCGGAGUCCUCCAAGAAGCGUCGCCUCAUCAAGCAGUUUAACAAGCAAAACGGACAAGGUAGCACAUUGUCUCCACUCCGUUGCGUUCCUUUGGGACACAGCUCAUUGAUUCCACUCGCUCCUUUCAGGCACACCGCUGCAGGUCAUCGCGAGGAGUUCCAGCGUGCCAUAAGGGAGCAUCACGAGAAGCAUGAUGCCAAAAUGAUGCGCGCCAUGGAGGAGGCAGAGCGUAAGAAGUAG